CUGGGCUGGCUCAGCCAAUGGGGCGGCUGCUGCGGUGAGGUGGAGUUAUGGCGGGAGCAACAGAUCUGAGGAAUGCUGCAGAUUUAUAUCACCGGCUAAAGGUAAUUUCUUGCCCAUGCCUGGAAGGUUGUUAUCUCACAGAGCCUCAGACUAUGUACGAUCUCCUGUGUACUCCCUCAGCCCAUCGCCUGGACAUCCUGGAGUGGAUAUGCACAAGAGUUUAUCCUCCUCUCCAAGACCAAUUCUCUUCUUUAAAAGAAUCACAAUCGGACGUUAAAAUAAAAGAAAUGGUCAGACUUGGAUUUGAACUCUUGCUUUGUGGUUCUGAUGACCUGGAUCUAAUUAAGGGACAUGCCCCCCCACAAAAGCAACUCUCCUUUAUUAGACAAUUGAUGGACAUUAUUCAGAACCCUGGAACACUUGCAAGCAAUAUGACAAUGGAGCCAGCAGCUAUUAGCGCUGACAAGUCUGUUGUAAACUGUGUUCGGGAAAAUGAAGAGCUACUGAAAGAUCUGUUCUUCAGCCCUCAGUUCCAGGCCACCCUUUACCCCGAGUGCACGCCCUGGCCAGCAGAUCUCAAGCCUCUCUUGCUUUCAGAAGAACCCACACACAAAAGGCCGCUUCAGUCCAGUAAGGAUUGCGUCAUGGGUGAGUCUUUAGAAGCAUUACAGAAAAUCUCUGCCAGUCUCCAAGCGCUUAAAGAGGAGUGUGAAUUCCUCAACAGCUCGGUGCCAGGCAGUGAUACCAUCUUACAGACUCUGAGGUUGGCACUCACCGAUUUCUACCAGCUCAUAGCUGCCUUUACUGAAGUUUAUGACCAUGAGUUUCAAGAACACUGUGGACACCCAGCCCCUCAAAUGAGCCCAUCCGGACCCCUCUUCCAGUCUGUCCACGAGUCUCUCACUGUGUGCAGUAAGGAGCUCGAGGCUAUCGCCCAGUUUACGGAAACAUCAGAGAACAUUGCAGAGGUAGUAAGGAAAAGACAGCAUUCUAAAGAGUCGUGGGGAGGCAGCCGGUAUACUACACUCUACGAAAAAAUCAAGGAACUGAAGCAAAACUAUGAAGCGUUUCAGGGCUCCUUACAAGAGUGAUCUUACCAUGGUUUCGAUUAAAACCUGAAGAGGAUCCUGGGGUUUUGGUGUACUGUCUUGCUACAAGCAAGAAUUCCAAAAUCCAGACAUGAAAGCUGGAUGUGUCUUUCAGAUGUGUCUUAAAAAUCCUGUUUGGCUACUAGAGACAUGGGGGCAGCUCCCGUCCUGGAGGACCGGUUUAAAGUACUGCUUGGGAUGGUGCCAGACUGCUGUAAAGAUGUCUUCAGGAAAUCUAAAAAUGGGAUAAAAGAAGAGUGAAAGAAAAGGAAGAGCAAAACUGAGUGUUAUCUAUGUAAAUUAACGUUAUUAAUAAUUAAAAUGUAACUGUGUCUUAA